CGCUAAAACUGUAAACAUGAAAGGAAGUGAACUUCGUUAGUUGGUUAACUUUAAAUACUUUCUCAAUUACUCAUAUAUUAAACAUAUACUAUAGACCUUCCAGAACGACCAUGCCAAUUCAACAACAUAUGGAUGACAGCGACAUUCGAAUGCGAGUCGGCUAUAAUGGGGAUAUCUUAAUAACCUCAAUCAAGCACGAGAUCAGCUAUGACAGUUUCUGCUCUGAGAUCAAAGACAUCUGCAAGUUUGAAGACCGACAGCCGUUCACGGUCAAGUGGGUCGACGAAGAUGGGGACCCGUGCACGAUAUCAUCACAGAUAGAACUGGACGAGGCCAUACGGCUGUAUGAGAUAAACAAGGACUCGGAGAUUAACAUGCACGUGUUUCCAAAUAUCCCGCGUGAGCCUGGUUUGCCAUGUGUCGGGGAGGACCGAAACAUGUACCGUCGCGGGGCGCGAAGAUGGCGCAAGUUGUACAGAGUCAAUGGCCACAACUUCCAGGCAAGAGAUUCUCCAGAAAAGCAGUGUGUGAGUUCUGUCAGGACCGGAUCUUGGGGCCUGGGUCGUCAAGGGAUACAAGUGUGUGCAGUGCAAGCUUCUCGUUCACAAGAGAUGUCACAAGCUUGUCAAGAUAACAUGUGGAACCACACGACCACCUCUGCAGCCAACAAAAGAACCCUAUGGUGAGCCCCCUCCGCCCUAUGACAAAGGUCAAGGUCAGGCACAGACUGGGGAACCCAACGGGGAAUCAAACACACCACACAGAUAGACAUUGGGAAGGAGGAACAAAGUGUCGAAGCAACUUUGACAGACUAUCAUAGAGAGGUAUUUUCCGUACUGUCUACUGUGACAUGCUUUCACUGGCCUGUUGUGGUGCUCAUUUCCUUGUUCAGUUAAUCCAGUGUUCACCUUUCAUUCUGUUCAGUAGUUAAGUUCACUCAAUGUUUUCACUUAAAGCUCAUCUUAGCACAAGUUUUCAUGGUGCGCAAUUUUGUCACCCUAUGUCUGAUGUUUUUUGCGUUGUCGUUCGUAAACUUU